UGAAGUUGCCAUGGCCGAGCCGCGGGUAGAAGUCGAGUCGUUGCAUUUCUCAGUUGGUAUCCUCGGAAUCACUGGAGGUUCUUUGCUCCUUCUGGUGAAUGAUUAUGCCCACACUCCUGGAAAUGACCUCAUCCCCAGUACUGCACUGGGUGUCUUGCUACUCAUCAUCGCCGCCCUGUUGGCCUACGCAGGAGUGCGCCGCAGUCUGUCCCACACCCCACUCUUUGUGUCCCUCUGCCUGUCCAUUUCUGCCCUGUGGUGUGGCUCAGGGCUGGUGCACAUUCUGGUGGGGGAGGGGGUGGUAAAGGGUCCAGAAGGGCUCAGGACAGCCAUGGUUCCGGGGCUGGCGGCCUUCACACUGGCACUGCUGAUCAUCGGGGUGGUCGGGGUCCUGCAGAGAGAGGUGGUCCUCUCAAUCAUAGCCUUUGCAGUCAGCCUGGCCUGCGCUCACCAGAUCGCUGGCCUGUUUAAUGUCAGCUUUGGCCUGGGUGCCACCGCUGCCAACUACCUCCUGGUCUGUCUGGUGGGAGCGUACUUUGGGAGCGGCCGCCUGCUCUCUUACAUCACCAAGGGGAAGGUGCAGCCGCCGGGCACAGGGCUGCAGAAGAAGAGCAAGCUGACGCCCUCUCAGGCUCAAGAGCGUAACGAUGCCAUCCCCGUGGGUCUGGUGAUGAACCUGCUGUCCGCCAGCGUGCUAGCCUGCCCCCUGCUGGGCGUGGUGCCGCAGCUCACCCCCGGCCUGGUGCCGUGGCUGUGGACAGCCGGUGUUUUCCAGCUGGGCGUGUGUGUCCUGUCCUACCGUGCCAUGGACACCCUGGCCGCCACCUUCUAUGGCUUCAUGUCAGUGCUGAAGUUUGCAGAGGGGUACAGCCUACUGCUGAAGGCCUUUAACCAUGUUCCGUACUCCCCAGUGCCUUUCCCCACUGUCUUUGCAGUGCUGUUUUUCAUCUUGGCUCUAUUCAGCACUCAGAAGAGCCUUGUGGAGGGGCUGUACCAGUUGUUCUUCGUAGCCUACUGCAUUGCCAUCGCUGCCCAGCCAAAGGGAUUCUUUCAGGGCGGCACACAAGGUGUGGCGGCGGCCAUCUUUAUAGCGACUGCAUUGGUGUUCCUAGUCACCCUGCACAACAUGGUGUCUCCCUGGAGAGUGCCCACAGGUGAGGGCCUGCUGAGGGCCGCCCUGAGCCGCAACAGCCGCCUGACCCUGCGCCCCCAUGACAAGGACCUGCACGCCCCCUACCUGGGCUACUCCAAGUAUGCCGACGCCGAGGUGCUGGGGCAUGCAUGCAGCGUCCUGGCGGCCUUCGCCAUCACCGCCACAGUGGGCGCCAGCGGGCCCCUGGACGUGCUGGUGUUGCCGUGGGCCGUGGUGGCAGGCGGCGCCCUGCAGCUGCUGUGCGGCUCAGUGGCCUUCGCCCGGGGGAAGACGCUGGAGAGCACCGCCUUCAUCCUGUACGGCAUCAUGUGGACGGUGUGGGGGCUGACGCGCUAUGGCGGGCUUUACGGCACCACCCGGGGCUUCAACGUGGCCGUGGGCAUCAUCUGCUUCAUGCUCUUCAACUGCUUCGUGACGAUCGGCGCCCUCUUUCUCAGCAAGGCCUGGUUCGCCUACUCUCUGACCUUCCAGCUCAUCCUCAUCAGCUUCCUGCUGGACGCGGUGGGCGCACUGCCCUACGGCUACGACAUUGGCGUCACCAUCAUCUUCGGCCUGGUCAGCUUCUACUGUUUCCUGGCCAACCUGUUCAACAGCAGCUUCCAGACCCCGCAGAUGCCCCUGGGAGACCCCUUCAUCAAGCUCAGUGGCUUUGGUGGAGGCAGGGAAAGCUGUCCGCAUGUGCCAGCCCGCAAGGCCACCUCUGUCCAGCAGAUUGCAGAGAUCCUGAAGAACGGAGGGACUUGUGGGAUGCCCACAGACACAGUGUACGUGCUCGUGGCAGCUUGCAAUAGGCCUGACGCAGUGGAGAAGGCCUACAAGAUCAAGGUGCAUGCCCAGGACCGGCCCAUGUCACUGUGGAUCUCCAGCGUGAAGCAGCUUGAGCCGGCCAGACACCUGAUCGACCCUGUGCUCUGGGACUUCAUGGAGGCUGCCUGGCCUUCCUCCAUCAGUAUGGUCAUCCCCAGAGGUCCCUGGAUGGAUUGCUUUGGUUUGGGAGAAUCUGCAAAAUACAUUGGCACGCCGCAGAGCAUCGCCAUCAGAAACCCAGACUGCACUGUGGCUACACACCUCAUGGACCUGGUGGGACCCAUUGCUACAAUGUCAGCCAAUCCCACAGGCGAGGCUGACACCACACAUCACAACCAGGUGUAUGCCAAGUUGGGUGAUAAGGUAGAUGGAGUUCUGUGUGAUGGGCCCUCACCAGAGAACAUUGCCUCCACUGUGGUAGACUGCACCAAGAUUCAGAGCGGCCAAAUUGGCUUCUUCAGAGUUGGAGUCAUACCUAAGUCUCAGGUGCUGCAGAUCUUCGAGGAGGUGCAAAAGAAACAUAUGGCAGGGCAGGUGAAUCCCACCUUUGAGCCAGAUGUCUUGGAGCCCAGUGAGGAGGAAAAGGAGCCUAAGAUAGAGACACUAGUGCCAGUCCAGCUGAGCCCUGUGAAAGAGGAGGAAGAGUCCCUUUAGCUCAUCCCCAUGACUGUAAACCCCGAUACAGUCCCCUCCUGUCAAAAGCACAGGAUGUGGUGUAGUUACGGAACUGAGCUUGUAAUCAGAGUGUUGCAAGGCCCUCGUUACGGCCCUGCUGGUGUACCCUUGUGCAAGGUACACCGUUGCUCUGUUAAAACAUGUCCUGCAGUAUAAACAUUCAUUAUAGAUACAAUAAUGUAUGCUUUGGGCUAGUUCUGUGCUUUAUGUAUUAGUAAUGAUUGCUGUCUUCAAGCUUGGUUAGGACAGGUUGUGAAGUGUCUGCCUGCAAAACAUUUCCUGGCAAAAGUCCUGGGUGUGGAUGGCUCUCUGCUAAAACCACAUCAUUGAUGUCUUACUUUCUUGCCAUUUUUGUAAAGCUGAGCACCUUUUGUUUCAACUGAAGAGUGCCUUGUGAACACGUCAGACUGGAACAACUGAAGCACAUGUGUGUAUGUGUAUGUGUUGGCUUAAUGUAUGUCCUCUAAUUAUAUUGAUUUAAAUUUUGUGGUUUGUUAUGGUACUUGUUUUCUGAUAUUUAUGGGUCU